AUGGUCUUUGUGAACGGAAAGUGCACGACGAAUGGUACUGUGGACGACUUGUUACUGUAUUCUCGACAGUCACCAGAAUGGAUUCAUGGAGUUCGUGUGGCACCGGACGGAGCUACGGUCACUCCAGCUAUACCGUCAAUCCUAUCCCCAAAAGGAGGGGCUGUGUUCACCGUAGAUUCGUUGAAAAGCGAGAUCUACUUCUAUGACGAUGCCAAAUCAUCCAUCUACAAGCGAUCGUUGGACGGCGGCAAUGUCACAUUGAUCACUAAAAACGAGAAACGACUGCAAAUUACAAAAACUGUUAGCGGUGUGCAUUCGCUAAACCUGGACCCGUCUUCUAGGCUCUUAUUCUACUCGAGUACGACUCAACUUCGACAGCACAGCAUACAGGAAACUGGAUGUCCUAACCCAGCAGUCUUGGUAAGCUUCUUCUCAUUCCAUCCACUAACAAUGGCUCUGGAUGUCUCUGCUCGAAAAGUCUACUGGUUGGACCCGUUCGAGUUCACCCUGCAUCGCUCCGGUUACGAUGGCGAGGACAACGAGGAGCGGGGCGUUCAACGAGCCACUCCGAAAGCUGACGGCACAUUUGACAUACAAACGAUUGAUUCUCUGCCAGUUGCUUCUCAGCUACAGUUGUACGAGAGGAGACCAAUUCCAGGUUCUAAAUGCCUCGAAAACAAUGGAGGAUGCGAGCAGCUGUGUUUCCCUGGAAGUUGCACGACUUUCAAAAAAUGCAAUGACGCAAAUUUGAAGUGCGCCUGUGCGAGUGGUUUUACAACCAAUGAGAAGGAUCCUACCAAAUGCACAGAAAAUCCUUCAAAAGAAGCUGGAAAAUGCGACGAGAAAACGCAGUUUAUGUGCAAACAUACGGAGAUCUGCAUUGACAUCGGCAAGGUCUGUGAUGGUCGAUGGGAUUGCUAUGACGGCAGCGAUGAAGAUAUCCGCGGAAUAUGU